AUGGAUACUAGCUUACAGGAAGUCGGCCACAUGAAAAAAAAAAAAAAACCCUGCUGUCAAAUCUGUCAGAUCCAAAGCAGUGGAACUGGUUUUUCUAAAAUUGUAGGGUCUCUCGCCGCAGCAACAAGAAGUGGACUUUGCUUUGCCAGCGAAGCUCAUGCAAAAUACUUGGGCAGCAGAGAUAACACGCUUGAGGAGUGGCCAUGUGUUGCCGCCGCUCAGAACUGAAGUUGACGCGGAACGUUCAGCCGCAAUGAUUAACGUUAACAAGAAGUGUCUUGGGCUGAUUUUGGUCAGCUGUGGAAUUCUGACGCUGGCACUCUUUCAACCAUGGUCCAACGGGUCCAGCUUAACAAUCAACAUAGAGCCAAGACUGGAGAGUCCGUUAAAUGCUCUCUUUGAGGAGAAGCUUAAAGAUGGCAUCCAUGACAACCAGCACAUUGGCUUUCAUUUAAAGCAGAAUGUGGCAAGACAGUUGGCUCACAACACGUGUGUGUGUCAGGCUGAUAAGCAGACCGUCCACAUUCCCUUCUCAGAUCUGCUUUUUCCACGGGUGUGGGCCCACAGUGUUAACCAAGCGUUCUUAGAAUCCCAUCCCGACCCUGAAGGUGUGGCGCGUCGCAGAGCUCAGGAGUACAGCAGCUUCCAGAGGAGGUCCUACAAUCCUGCAGAUUUGCCAAUUAUAGCUGAGGCGAACAGUCCCCUUCAGUAUCCGACCCAGGGAGUGAUGGUGCGACCCCUCAAGACCAUCAUCGUUCCUGGUUUGGCCCUUAAAGAAGAAAAGAGUUCAGACCAUAUGGUGUAUUUAAGGGCGAAGCUGGGGACGUUUGACGUUGCCGCCACAGUGGAACAAGUCUCUGUUGUCGGAGAGGGAACGAGCAUCAUCCGUCUGUCCAGUCGUUUGCUCUCCAACCUGAACAGGCAGCUUCAGUUUGUCACAUAUACAAACACUGUUUUCCAUCCCAAGACAGCAGAUACAGUCGAGUACGGGUCCGGUGGUCAUCAGGUGUUUUUCAGCAUUAAGGUUGAACAUGGAGCUGUCCCGAAACUGUACAACUCUGGAUCCCAUAAAGAGUACAACAUCAGUGCUCUCGUUACCAUUGCCACCAAGACCUUUCUCCGCUAUGACAAACUCCAGGAUCUCAUUCACAGCAUUCGGCAGUAUUAUCCCACCGUCACUAUAGUGGUAGCAGAUGAUAAUGAGCAUCCUCAGCCGGUGACCGGGCCGCACAUUGAACACUACAUCAUGCCUUUUGGGAAGGGCUGGUUUGCAGGAAGAAACCUGGCCGUGUCUCAAGUCACCACCAAGUACGUGCUGUGGGUGGAUGAUGACUUUAUCUUCACUGCAAACACGAAGUUGGAGAACAUGGUGGACAUCCUGGAGAAGACCACGUUGGAUCUGGUUGGCGGUGCAGUGAGGGAGGUGACCGGUUACACUGCAACAUAUCGUCACAUCAUUUCAGUGGAGGAAGGUGGAGAGGAGGGCAACUGCUUGCACAUCAGGAAGGGGUACCACCAUCUCGUGGAGGGAUUCCCCAACUGUGUGGUAGCGGAUGCUGUCAUCAACUUCUUCAUGGGGCGGACGGAGAAGGUGCAGCAAGUGGGCUUCAACCCCCGUCUGGCACGUGCAGCGCAUCUGGAGUUCUUCAUCGACGCCCUGGGAUCCCUCCACAUCGGCUCCUGCAGCGACGUCAUCGUGAGCCACGCGUCCAAGAUCAUACUGCCCUGGACCAAAAAAGACUCGCAAAAGGCCUAUGAGAAAUAUCGGUACACGGCCAACGACGAGCAGAGUUUGCUUCAUAAGGAAGUCUUCUACUUCCGAAACAGGUUCAAGUGCAUGACGAGCAAUUGAAGGCGCGUCUGUCUCUGUCCGAAAAACAGAAAUGUUUGCCCGUCUCACUGUGUGAGGAGAGCGCUGCUUUAUUUUGGGUUGUGAAACCCAUUGUAUGGUCCAGUUUUGUUCACUGACCAGUUACCCGACAAAGGAAGAAAUCAUCAGCAAAUGCAGCUGUAAUCUAAUUUAUUUCAAGUCAAUGUGAUUUGGAAUCACUCAGGGAACACUGAACAAAUGAAUUUAUUGUGACACAUGCUUUAUUGGUUAGCUCGAAUUAAAGAUAAAGGGAGUUUUAGGAGAAGUGAAUCCAGAUUUUGUAUAGAGAGAUUGUACAGUUAUUAAACUUUUGAUAUGCUGUCAGUUGGACUUUGAUUUGGAAUAAAAAGUUUUUUUUUUUUAUAUUUGUUAGUUGGAAUGAUGCAAUAUGUUAUCUUUCUGGGUUAAAUUAGGCUAGAUUACAGACUACAUAGACAAUGAUCACCGGGAACCAUCAUUGCUCAGCAUUGCAAAACACAGUAUCCUUCUUUUCUAAUGAAAGCAGGGGAUUUCCGUGACUCAGGGUUUGCAUAAAACAGCAGCAGUUUCAUGAGAACCGGACGCUGCCCCAGCAGGUGUCUAAGACUGUGGUGUCAACGCCACAAUGUGUGAAUGUGAGGGCAGCUGUGCUCAGAUCAAUGUUUCUGCCCAACGGCAGCAACAAAUUAUUGAAUCUUAAUGAACAUACAUAUUCAUGUCCAGUUUUAGUUUUUUCUUUCAGCAAAAUUGUUGAUAUCAAAAAAGGGAAUGUUGUUAAAUUAUGAGUUUGUCAGUUAUUUCUUUAUAUAUUAUAUUAUUUAAGAGUCGACAUGCUAAACUUUGUGGGAGACUGUGAUUGAAGCAUUCCCCCACAAGAUGGAGACAAAUGCUCAUAAUAAUCUAAUGUUAUCUGUUCUGGUACUAAGACUGGGUGAAGGUGCUAGCAGGCUACCGCAGCAGUAUUAAACUGAUUUAUGGACACUCAUUGAAAUGAUGUACAUGAUGUUCAAUCCUGUACAGGUUAUAAAAAAUGCAUAUAUUUAGAAGUACUGUAUAAAUAUUACUGCACUGGUGUUUGCCUGAUACAUGGAUGUGUUGAGAGUAAGACAAUGAUGGACAUGACGACUUUGAAAUGUUUUUAUUCAUUAUUUAUUGUUUUGCAUUUGAUAAGUAGUAAAUGUAAAUGGUGUAGAGAUUAAUUUUGAAUUGACCUUAUCAUAAAACGCUGUUUUAUAGUGAAAUCCACUUAAUGUCAUUAGAUGACGGAUCCUUUUGGAGGAGGCUCUUUGGUUCAUUCUGUUUGUGUUUGUCCUGGUAAAUUGUGUCUUGGUAAACAUUUGUCCAGAGCCUUGUGUACUAUGUUCUAAUUGAAGUGGACUACUUCCUACCAAUUAGUGAAACACUCCUUGAGCUUUAAAAGGAAAACCCAGAGGGUACAGUGUCUAGAGGCCUCUUUGAAAUAUGCACUGGUAAAAAAAGGAGUAACUUGGCGAUCCAACUUCAAGCAAGGAAAUAAUUAGUUUCUUUUUAUUUUGUCCUUGUUUUGAACUCGGGCUGCAUAUAGUUUUAUUGGGUCAAGGUAACAGGGUUAUGAGGGAGACCUUUGACUGUUGAACUGCAGAUACAUGUAGCAGCAUGGCGACAAAGGAAGUGACCCACUGAGUGUUUACAGCCUAGUAAUACACACCUAUCAAAAUAAGCAAUUAUCUUGUUUGACAAGUUUUAUAAUGUUCCCUUAUGAUGUGUUUUACAGGCUCAUAAAGCCUCACCCACUGUAAGCGUUCUGGUCUCUGCAGCGUCUGUUACACCUUAAUUGGACCAGUUUUACGGUUUGUUGUGUUACUGUCCAAUAAUGUUGUUUGAACCAUGA